AUGGAAUUUUUUGACAGAGAAAGAAAGCAAAUUAUGAGCAAUAUUCAUUUAAUCGACAUAGAAGACCCAUUGGUAGAUUCAAUGGGAAAGGAUUUGCAAAGCUUAUGGCCUUUGUCCACUGAAUGUGUUAUUUAUAAAGUUCCUGAGCGACUACGCCGUGUCAAGGAAAGUGCCUACACACCUAAGGUAGUCUCCAUUGGCCCACUUCAUCAUGGUGGUCAUCAAGGAUUAAGAGCCAUGGAAGAACAUAAAUUGAGGUACCUCAGAGAUUUUAUUGACCGGACAGGUGAAAGCUUGAAGUUUUUUGUUGAUUUUGUAAGGAAGAAUGAAGCAAAAGUUCGUGGUUGUUAUGCAGAAACCAUUCAGUUUAGCGUUGAUGAAUUUGUCAAAAUGAUUCUGGUGGACGCCGCCUUCAUCAUCGAGGUCUUGCUCAAGUCGUCUACCCCUAAACUGCAAGAUAAAAACGACCGCAUAUUUAAGAAACCGUGGCUGAUACAGGACAUAUGGACCGACAUGCUUCUGCUUGAAAAUCAGCUUCCAUUCUUCAUUAUUGAGGAUCUUUUCAAAAAAUACGGCAAAGAAGUUCUGUCGGAAAAUCUGACACUCAUUAGGCUUACCGAAUACUUCUUCAAAUUCAUAAUGGAAUUGCCGGGAAUAGAAGACAGAUGGGAAUAG